GAAGUAUACCUUCGAAAUGUUCCUUUCGUUUUCACUGUUCCCUUUCGUUUCCCCCAUUCAUUUUCACCUUCCCCGUUCAUUUUCACCUUCACCUUUCAUUUUACCCUUUUCACCUUUCGUUUUUCCUUUUCCCUUUUCGUUUUUCCUUUUAUUUUUGUUUCCUCUUCCCUUUUUGUUUCCUCUUCCCUUUUUGUUUACUCUUUCCUUU